UGUUUAAGACAAAAACUUGGCAACGGCGCAUCCACCACAAGUCAAAACCACAGACAAACUCCUACGAGGCAAAAAGCUCAUUAUCCAUAAACUCACUGGUGAGUGUAAACGUCCCGCACACUGCAAUAAGGCUGUAAUGGUUCCUCAUUAAGACCCCCCCCCCUCACAUUGGAAGGAGGCUGCUUAUGGAGGUUGGAGGACACGCCCUUAACUUUGGGAGCGGUGCAGUAGGUGCACAUGCUGCUCCUCUGCCGGUUAUCAGUCUCUGUGGGGGGAGAGCAACCGAGAGCCAUUCAGGGGUGGGAACUUGAAUCCGUGAGGUCUCUCUCUCUCUCUCUCUCUCUCUCUCCCCUCUCCUACUCUCUUUCGCCGUUUUCUUCUUUGGCGUAUUCCGCCGUCGAGCUCAGCCUGCUGUAUUUACCUCCCUGUGGUCCCGGAGAGACAAAAAAAAAGAGGGAGGGUGGGGGGAGAAUCCACCUGCCGGAGAGCAGACACACCUCGGGAUGGAUGCCCUCAAAUCCGCCGGCAGAGCGAUUAUCAAGAGCCCCGGAGUUCCGCGGCACACAUGGGGAACUUCAAAGCACGAAAAGCUGCCAGAGAACUGGACGGACACCAAGGAGACUCUGCUGGAGGGGAUGGUGUUCAAUGUGAAGUACCUGGGUAUGACUCUGGUUGGCCAGCCCAAAGGAGAGGACAUGGCCUCAGCUGCCAUUCGCAGAAUUGUUGCCACGGCCAGAGCCAGUGCUAAGAAGUUUCGGAAAGUAACACUGACAGUCUCACCGAAGGGCAUCAUCAUCACAGACACAGAGACUACAGACCUCGUAGAAAACGUCUCCAUAUACAGAAUCUCGUACUGCACCGCAGAUAAAACUCAGGAUAAGGUCUUUGCAUACGUUUCUCAGAGUCAGUUCAAUGAGACGCUGGAGUGCCAUGCAUUUCUCUGCCAAAAGAAGAAGAUUGCUCAGGCUGUGACAUUAACGGUAGCCCAGGCCUUUAAAGUAGCCCUCGAUCUUUGGGAGAUUGCUCAGGAAGACAAAAGUAAGAAGGCGAGGACCUGCUGUUCUUGUGCAGCAAGCAAUGGUCAGACAGAGACAGCAGACACUCAGUGUGCUCCAGCAGGUAUUAUGAAUCCAGAGGCACACAAGCCUGUUGGGAUAGAGGAGAAGCUCCGGAGGCCCUUCUUCUCUGCUUCGCUCAGCUCGCCCUCACCUCGUAGUAACCCUACUCGAAGGCGACCAAUCAAACAUGACUCUUGGGACGUGGAGGAUGGACUCGACGAUGCGUUCUCAAGCAACAUGGAAGUGGAGGAGAUGGACACCGACUGGCCGACUCCCGCUCCGAACCCGUCUCUGACGAUGCAGCUCUGAGUCCUCUGGAGGUCUCCCAGGAAAAUCUAUUCUAUUUGCAACAAUGAGUUUAAAUAAUACAUACCGGAAAUAGCUGCCCAACUUGCAGAACCACAGAAAUUCGACAGAAAUCAUACCACAGGCCCCAGGACCAACAAAAAUCACAGAACAGCAUUUAUCACUUGAACAGAGAGCAAAACAUAUCACACUUCCAGGUGCACAACCUGAAUCAGAGAGGGUCUGUUUGGUAUUCUGUGGCUGCUGCAGAGAAGCCAGAAUUAAUACACUGAUAUUAUAAACUGCUAUUUCUGUGAAUGCCUGCCUGUCAGCACACACCACUCAGUGUAAACAACCAUCUCCAGCCACCUCCUGCCAUAUUCAAAUUCCCACAAACUGCCAGAUGAAAGACGGCGCACACAGUGUGCAACGCAGCACUGCGAGACGAGCAGGAAUUACAUAUUUCUAUUCAAAGAUGAAUACCGUCUUGAAGGAAUACUUCAAAUGUGGAUUCUAGUUAUAAAUUCUGAUGAAGAAUUCACCUGCAUCAAGAAGUUUGUGUAUAUAAAGUUGUCAUCUCAACAUAAAAGCUCUCUAAUCUUGUCACCUGCCAGUGGAGGAAGACCAGUGUUUGAAGUCAUCAGUAAAAAUGGGACAAAUAUUCAGUCAUGAUAUUAGAUGAAAUAUAUGUUCAUCAUUCACUUUGUUUGUGCUGAUUUAACGAAUGAAACGGAGUGUGAUAUAGCGAUUAUACAUACAGACACACUACAUAUUAAUUAAAAGACUUUUAUACUUUUACUGAAGUAAUAUUUUCAAUGCAGGACUUUUACUUGUAACAGAGUAUUUCUACAUUGUGGUAUUGCUACUUUUAGUUAAAGUCCCCCUCCACUCAAAAAUGUUUUUCUUCUUAUUCUUACAGUUGGAUGUUUGAGCUUCACUGUGCAGAAUGAAGUAUGUGCAGUUUGACACUAGAAGGAUGUUUUCACAUUCAUCUGCUGAAAGUGGAAAGUUUCUCUGUGCUCAUGGAAAAUCUGAUUUUAAAGGGCGGGGCUUACAAGCAUGAUUUGUGACAUCACAAAUAGUUUGGAAGUCAGACUGGGUCCAAAUGUGAUGUAGAAACUUGAAGCCACCAGUGCACAUACACUGACAAUGUACUUAACAGUGAAGUAGGAGACAUCUUUGUGUAUUGAUAGAUUCUGGAAUUUUUAAUGAGGUAGAAAGAGUAGAUCCCUUUUUAAGUGUUUUAAUGUGGAAAUUAUACCUUUUUCUUUUUCUUUUUUUUUUUGCAGGAAAAAACACAUGCAUUCUUGUUCCAAGCAGACUAUUUGUAUACGUCUUAAUAUAUGUUUGGAGGGGAUCUUUAAGUAAAAUGACCUGAGAACACCCAACAGCAAACUCUUCUCUUGCAGAAACAGGCUGAUGUUCCUGUAACAAUCAAUUUCAGUGCUGUCUUACUUGAACAUGGCUUAUGUAACCAAAAUGUACUGACUAUUUUACAUUCUGUUGUGUCCUCAUCCAGUCAGCUGUACAUAAAGAUGAAGUUACUGUCAAAGCAUACCGAUGAUGUAAGGUCAUGAGGAUAAGUGUAUGGCAAGGCUAAACAAUUAGAGUAAAGAAGACUAUUUCCAUAUGCUGUAUUUUUUCAUUGUCAAAGCUGCGUAAUUUAUGUAUGCAUAUUGUACCAUUAUAAAUAACGUAGAAUGAAUAGAAUCAGAGCUUCACACAGAUUUUUUUUUUUAAAUAAUUAUCACUCUUGUUGAGAUGUGAAUGUGUAGAUGCUUGUAUGUUUUGCAUUAGGUUAGACGAUUUGUACAAAUGUAAUCGUAUGUGGUUUUUAUUGCUGCAGGAAUUGCUUUAUUUUUUACAAAAUAGCCAUUAGUAACCCACGUGCAGUAUAUAAUUAUAAACUCUCCUAUUCUCAAGUCAGUAAUCACUUGUUACAUUCA